GCCUUUCUCAUAUUUGCAGUUCUGCCUGUCAUCAUACUUUAGCCAGUGCUUCACGCAUUAACAUUAUUGGCACAGUUACUGAACAAACCGUGAUUGCCUUACUGAUAAAAGAAGCUUUGCACAACUGGCACCAUGGGGUAUCUGCCAUGGCUGCUAGGUCUUCUUGUCUGGCUCACGGUCACCAGUGCCCACGACCCCUACUCUACUCUACCCAAACUGAUCACAGAACGAGGUAACCUGAUCAUCACUCCAGGGCUGGAUCGCAACAUCACUUUUCGCACAUAUGGCACAAGCUAUGUCAACAUCGAUGAUCACAACUUGCUCCACAUUGCACAAACGGCAAAGACUGCAGCUGAUCAAGUGGUCAGGUUCCAGCAGGGUUUGGAGCGAAACAUCUUGGGACGUCUAGACUCACUAAAUCGUCUGGUGUCGGGUCGACGUGGUCUCGUGUCCAAGAUGACUAACCUGGAACGGAUGAUAAAUUCUGGCAAUUUUUCUACAGGCCCAGGUUCCCCAACUCCCUCACAAGGACUGGUUCCUGGUCCUGGCAGACCUCCCUUUGCAGUUCGAUUAAACAGGCUUACAGUGAGGAUACGACGAGUUGAGAUUCAACUGCGCAGAUUGCAGAAUCUACUGUCUAUUGAUGAAUGUCUAAGUAACCCUUGCAGAAAUGGAGGAACCUGCCAAGAUAUGUUUAAUAGCUUUAUGUGUAUUUGUCCACCAAACUGGCAGGGCACUUUGUGUGACGAGGAUGUGAAUGAGUGUGCGGAGUUUGCUGGAACUGAUCUCGGCUGCCAGAAUGGAGCAACAUGUGUCAACAAACCUGGCACCUACGAAUGCCUAUGUCCUGAAACAUUCUUUGGCCUCCGUUGCACUCUGCGAACUAAUGACUGCUCCAUGGGCAACACAGCUCAGUUGUGCGGUCACGGUGUGUGUAUCAACCAGGGGGGCAAUGGACGAGGUUACACCUGUAUCUGUGACCAGGGAUGGACAACAGAUCUGUCCUUCUCUUGCACUGUUGAUGUAGACGAAUGUCAAGCCAAGCAGUAUCCUUGCUCUCACGAUCCACAUGUUCAGUGUAUCAAUCUCCCAGGCUCCUUCCACUGUGGCUUCUGUCCUCCAGGAUUCUCCGGUAAUGGGUUCCAGUGUGCUGACAUCGAUGAGUGUGCGGUCAACAAUGGAGGUUGCAGUCUGGUACCCAGGGUCUCAUGUAUCAACACGAGGGGGUCACGAGUGUGUGGUCACUGCCCUCCCGGCUACUCAGGGGAUGGAACAAUCUGCAGCCCAGUGGAGGGGGGAGCUUGUGCCAUCAACAACGGUGGCUGUCACCCCUCUGCCCAGUGCUUCCAGAACGCAGGUAUAGUGACAUGCAGGUGUCGAGAUGGUUAUGCAGGCAAUGGCUAUGGUCCACUGGGGUGUUCACCUUCCACCUUGGCUGUCAACCCCUGCCAUAAUUUUCCUUGCAAGAAUGGAGGCACAUGUGUUCCAGCAGGAUCUACAUUCACGUGUGUCUGUCAUCCUCACCUUACUGGAGCUGACUGCAGUGUUGUGGUGUAUGCCAGCUGUGACCCCAACCCCUGCCAGAAUGGUGGAUCCUGUCAGGUAAUAUCAGGAGAGGGAGUACCUCUGAUGAUCCGCUGUACCUGUGCCAGUGGCUUCCAGGGAAUUAAAUGUGAACAACAGUCAAGUGUGUGUGGAGGAACAUUUUUUCAAGACAGUGGGGAGCUGGAGUUUCCUGUGGGUAAUGAUGUCCAGCGCUACCAGAAUGACGCAGUUUGUUCCUGGUUCAUCACAGUAUCUUCUGAUAAAGCAGUUGAACUCUCUUUUAUUCAACUUGUUUUCGAAUCCCCUGAAAAUUGCAAUGAACGUUACUUGAAGAUCAAUGAUCGGUUAACUCUCACAGAAUGGAACUACUGCAAGACCUUGACAACCAGCGAGCUUCCAGUAGUUACCUCAGCCACAAACAUGGUCAAUGUCAAAUUUCACCCCAGCAUCGGGAUAAACAACAAUCAUUUUAAGUUGUCUUGGAGAGCAGUUGUUCCCAGAUGUGGGGGAGAAAUUGAGGCAAAGUCUCAUGGAACCAUCGACUCCCCUCGGUUUCCCCACAAUUAUCCUCCAGAUCAAGAAUGUGAAUGGAGGCUGAUGGCUCCACCAGGGAAGAAGUUACAGCUGCUGUUCAACACCAUAGACCUCGAGCCCUCUUCUGACUGUUCCAAAGAUUACCUUAAGAUCCAUGAAUACGUCCUUGAUGAACCAGGAAAUCUUCUAGCACAGUUCUGCAACUCUAGUACCCCAGAGCCUCUGACAACCCAUGGGUCAGCAGCAUACAUCAUCUUCCAUUCUGAUAGUUCAGGACUUCAGGGGUCUGGCUUUCACAUUGUCUAUACACUUGUCGAUGGAUGUGGAGGUGUGCUGACUGCUCCCACCGGAGACAUUUCUCCCCCAACAGACACUGACGAGAAUUACCUUGAUGAUCAGGAUUGUGAAUGGAGAAUCCAGCUACCAUUGGGAGACAAGAUCAUGAUAACUUUCAACAAGUUUGAACUUGAGGACAGAUCUCCUUGUGAUGAUUUCUUGGAAGUGAGGGAUGGAGGCAGCAACACUUCCCCCAUGGUCGGCCAGUGGUGUGGCUCAAACCUGCCUCCUGACUUCACAUCCUCCUCCAACUUACUUACUGUUGUAUUCCACUCGGAUGCAAUUUUCGGUGGUUCUGGUUUCACACUGCAUUACAAAACUGUGUGUGGAGGGAUAUUUACUGGCCCCGCAGGAGAGAUUCGAUCUCCUAAUUAUCCUCUUCCAUACUCUUCAGAGCGCGAGUGUGUCUACAUCAUUAAUACCCCUCCCAGCACUGCAAUCCAUCUACAAUUCAAGGACUUUGAUAUAGAACAGUUGGGAGAAGAUUGCUAUUAUGAUUAUGUGGAGGUGCGGGAUGGAGACAAUGCCAACUCUACUGUGCUUGGAACGCUGUGUGGAGACCAAAAGCCAGCUGAUAUCUUCUCUACUCACAACUACCUCUACAUCACUUUCUCUUCUGAUGCUUCUUAUCAGUACAGAGGAUUUCUUGCCCAAUACAGCACUAUACCCAUUCCUUGUGGAGGUAUCCUGAAGGAAACGACAGGAGUGAUCUCGUCACCACAGAACGAGGAUGGCUACCUACCAAACACUGUGUGUCAGUGGGUGAUCUCAGCGACACCAGGCUGGAUCAUACGGCUGGACUGGUUAACGUUCCAUCUGGAGUAUAGCAAUGAAUGUGCUAUGGAUGCAGUUACUGUGUAUGAAAAUUACACAGCCACUGGAAACAGCUCUCUCAUUGACAAGUACUGUGGUCUCAAACUGCCACCUGCGAUAACAUCAACCUCCAAUGUGUUGACAGUCAGGUUUCACUCAGAUGAUAGUGUGCACCGGGAAGGUUUCACAGCUCACUAUGUCAUGGUCGACAAGAGGAGAGUUUGUGGGGGCGUAUAUCGCAUGAUUUCCGGGGCAAUCGAGAGUCCAAACUAUCCGGACAACUAUCCAGACAACAAAGAGUGUAUCUGGACAAUCCAAGUUCCACAAGGGAGACAGAUCAGCCUCAAAUUUGAGACUUUUGACCUUGAAGGUUCAGGAGAGUGCAACUAUGAUAGUGUUACCAUCAGGAACGGACUACACGAGUCUUCCCCAUUGGUCGGCAAGUACUGCAGUACCAAACUGCCUCCUGAAGUGACCUCUCUCACCAACGGAUUGUGGAUCCACUUUAGCUCUGAUAGGUCUAAUCAGGCAAAAGGCUUCAGAGCCUCCUGGGAUGCCACUGCUACAGGGUGUGGAGGCACGCUGACAGGGCCAACAGGUUCCAUCAUGUCCCCCAACUACCCGCAGCCAUACAUGCGCUACGCUGAGUGUUUCUUCAGGAUUUCAGUAUCUCAGGGUAGUCGAGUCCGGCUCAUAUUUGUGGAUCUAGACUUGGAGCCACACUCCAGAUGUAGACUUGACUAUGUUGAGGUGUUUGAUGGAGUAGAUGACCACAGCAAGAGUCUAGGCCGUUACUGCACAUCUAGCCCCAGCCAUCUGGUCUCAUCCACCAAUCAUGUGUUUGUCAAGUUUGUCUCAGAUAUCAGCUUCAGUGGCCGAGGAUUCCAUCUCAAGUACUACACAGAGUGCAAUGUAACAACCAGAGAUCGUUACGGAGUGUUGGAGUCUCACAACUAUCCCCAGGAAUACUCUGCCAUGCUCAACUGCAUGUGGGUACUAAUGGCCCCACAGGGUAGCAAGUACAACAUCACCUUUGCUCACUUUGACCUGGAGGACGGAAUCAUACAGCACGAACUUUCAGUGGAUCAUAGGGAUUGUCGCUACGACUAUAUAGAGAUAUCAGAAGGCACUAAGAAUCAAACACCAAGCAAUAUUUUGGGGCGCUUCUGUGGCGAUGAGCUGCCUCCGACCUUACACUCUCAGCUGGAUCAGGUUUACAUCCAUUUCGUUACAGAUCACAUGAUAGAGAGAUCAGGUUUCCAUCUGGAGUGGGCAAUAUCAGGUUGUGGGGGAAUAUACAGGAAUAGACCAGAAGGCAACUUCUCCAGCCCCAACUACCCCAAUGGCUACCCUACGGAGAUGGAAUGUGAAUGGGAUAUUAUCGCCCCCUUAGACAAAAGUGUAGAGAUCACAAUCGAAGAAAUUCAUAUGGAAGAUGUUGGAAGCUGUGAUUUUGACUAUCUUAUUAUCUAUGGAGGAUGGGAUGAGACACACCCUAUUCUAGCCAAGUUCUGUCAUCGCCAGACCAGUCCAAUUGUAAUCACCACUACUGGCAAUCACGCCUUCCUUGUGUUCCGCUCUGACCAUUCCAUUAGCGGCAGAGGCUUCCGGGCUACUUGGAAAUUUGUUGAUUCUAAAUGUGGUGGAGAAUACAUUGCACCGUUUGGACAGAUCCAUUCACACAACUAUCCCCAGAACUACGACCACAAUGAUGACUGUCAGUGGCUGAUCAAAGUGCCCUCAAACCACCUCAUCAAUCUCACCUUUGUAGAUUUCGAUAUAGAGGAGAGUAACAUGCACGGGCUUACAGACUUUGUUAACGUGUAUGAUGGAAAUUCCACUACUGCUCCACUACUGAUGAGCCAUGAUGGCAACUCUCUGCCCAGCCCAGCAACUGUCGUAUCCACUGGCAAUACUAUGCUGAUCAGACACAAGGCAGACGGUUCUGUCAGUGCCAAAGGAUUCCUAGCUCAGUACUCCUUGGCCUGUGGUGCUCGCAUCUCAGCGAAGGGGACGGGAACGUUCCAAAUGGAUGAUAUAGUCAGUGCCUCUUCUCCCUGGGCCUCAGUCUCCAAUAACUGCACUUGGUACAUCAUCGCAGAGGACCCAGCCGAUAAGAUCAUGUUGAGUUUCACAUUCUUGGAUUUGAGUCCAAACACUGAGAACAAUGACACCUCCUGUUCUUAUAACUACGUGGAAGUGCAUGAUGGAGACGAUACCAAUGCCACUGUGAUCAGCCGAGCGUGUGGGACCAAACUGCCAAAACCGCUACAGAGUAGUGGUUCUGCCCUCACUGUUGUAGCUACUAGUCUCUCUAGUGGAGGUGUCUAUCGUCACCUCGGGCGGUUUUCUGCUUUAUACUCUACACUAACAACAGCGUGUGGAGGAGAACUAACUUCAGAAGAGGGAGCCAUAGCCUCGCCCAACUAUCCUGAUGGUUAUCCUCCAAACUUAGGCUGCGAAUGGCUGUUGAAGGCUAGUCCAGGGAAUAAAGUGGUCCUGACUUUUGUCAGUUUCUCUCUGGCUCAGAGUGACUACUGUAAUGCAGACAGUGUGGAGGUGAGGGAGGGCUCCAGUAAUGGUACUCUGCUAGGAGUCUAUUGUGGCUCGAACCUGCCAACCAACAUCUCAGCCUACAACGCCCUCUGGAUACACUUUCGAUCUGAUGCUUUGAACACUGCCCCUGGUUUCCUUGCAGAUUAUAGCUUAGUUCAUGGUAACGAUCUAACUGGAGACUCUGGUCAGAUUGCGUCUCCUCUCUACCCCAGACACUAUGUCCAGACUGGAGACUACAAGUGGACUAUCACCGUGGCUUUGAACCAUGUCAUUCGGAUAUCCUUCCAGGAGUUCUAUAUGGACAGUUACAGUUUUGAUGAGAGUUGCUACAUUUAUCUGGAGAUCUUUGAUGGACUGGAUGUGGAUGGCGGUUCUCCCUCUCUGCUCAAGACUUGUGGUGCUGCACUGCCCGAACCCGUGGUGACCUCAGCUAAUGUUGCUGCCAUCAAGUUCCACAAUGAUCCCUAUCUCCAUGGCUCACACUUCCUGCUCAGGUGGGAAGCUGUCAGUCAUGAGUCUCUCACCACACCUAGCACCACCGAGAUCAUAAACAACACUCUGGGCUGUGGGAAGGAAAUACACAUCAGCUCAGUGGGAACAAACAAUACAUCCGUAGUAUCCAGCCCUGGAUACCCUCAGAACUACGAGUCAGACUUGCAGUGCACCUGGAUACUGGAUACAGACCCAGGGUUCCAUCUUGUGAUCAAGUUCACUGCUAUGGACUUGGAACAGUUUGAUUAUUGUGACCUGGAUUAUGUUACUGUAUACGAGUAUACUGAGUCAGAGGAAGUACCAACUGGAUGGAAAGCUUUGACUCCAAACCUCUGCCUUCCCAAUGCCACUACUUUGAUCAUCAAGGCAGGUCAACGUGCUAAAAUAUAUUUUGAAACUGAUGAAUCCAAUGAGAAAUCUGGCUUCUCUGCCACAGUCAAGCCUGUAUGUGGAGGUAAAUUCACGGACCCCUCAGGUAGUAUAGACAUGAGCUCCUUACAGGUCAAUAUGUUCACUGGCGUAGUUGACUGUGAGUGGGAAAUUGUUGUUCACUCAGGACGAACUAUCCGCUUCACAUUUGAUAAGUUUGACCUUCCCAAACUGGGCAAGGAUACUUGUGUCAACAGUUACAUUAUGUUCCACAACGGAGGGUACAAGGACUCUCCAGCACUUGGAGAGAUGAAGUAUUGUGGCCGGGAGACGCCAAUUCUUCCUGAGUCCUCAUCCAACCGAGUCUACAUAUCGUACCAUGCAAUAGCAGGAGCUCCGGGAGUUAUUUUGAACUACGAAGAAGUGAGCUUUGCAUGCAGAUAUGACAUUCAGUUGCGGAACAAGUCUCACAACUUCACAAUCAGUUCACCCAACUACCCACAACCCCCCAGCACUUCACACAUCAGCUGUGUCUGGAUUGUGACGGCUCCCCCUGGAGAGAGUGUCCACCUUGAUUUUGUUCUUCGGUUUGACAUAAAGCGUUCCUUAGAUUGCUCAGUUGAAUACGUGGAGGUGCGAGAUGGUGGAACGGAGUUGUCACCUUUGAUUGGCCGAUAUUGUAACAAAACUCCAAUCCCUCAAGUAACUCAAGGAAGACGUAUGUACAUCAAGUACUUCACUGAUGCAGAUUCACCUAACAAUGGCUUCAAGGCUGUGGUCAAGAUUGCGACAUGUGGUGGCACAUACUUCGACGAGUUCAAGAUGAGUUUCCUGUCCCCCCAGUACCCCAAAAGGUACCCAGCCAACACUGACUGUCUUUGGAGGAUUGUGGGAUUCAAUGCAGACAUCCAACUGUAUGUCAACGUCUCCGAACUUUACAUGAGUGAUGAUAGCGACUGCAGCAAUGCUCAGGACUAUUUAGAGUUUAUAUCAGUUGACCCUAUCUCUAAGAAUAUGACAGAUUCUCCACCACCCACGAGGCUGUGCGGUCGACACUCUAUACUCAACGGAACCUCGCUUGUUCCCCCCAGUAUUUCCAGUGAGAUGUACAUCCGCUUCCAUUCAGGUCCUCAAGAUGUCUCCAGUAGCCGUGGGCUUUUUGCUUUCGUUAUCGAAUCGAAACGGAGACGUUGCCUAUAUAAGAUGACAGCACCUACUGGAAUGUUCACCAGCCCAAACUAUCCAAACCCAAGACCUCAACAGAACCAAUUGUUCUGCUCUUGGGUCAUCACAGUUCCAGAAGGCCGCAGAGUCUCCGUCAAGUUUCUGGACUAUGAUUUGGAGCCAAACAGAGGGAGAGAUUUCUUAGACUACAAAUUAUCAUUCUUUAGUGCAAAAAAUCUCUACAUAACUUCACUCGCCUCUAACUCAUCCUGGAACAACCUAGUCAUAGAUUCAUUCACAAAUGAGAUGAAUAUUCACUACAUGGAAUCUUCCGUCAGCGGAGCACACCGUGGUUUCAAAGCGGAGUUCUCUUCUGACAAACCAACAAUGUGUGGAGGACAACUAGAAGACCAGGGCUCGUUGAGCUUCUCCUUACUGGGGCAAAAUGCUAAGUAUUACUAUUGUGAGUGGCGCAACUCUCGUGACCCUAUGUUGUCCAACCAGACCACCUUUACUGUCACUGUCAAUGGUACCUUGAACAACAUGACAAACAUUGCCUGCCCAGUCUUCAACGCUAUGUACGACUCUCUCAUCAUCCAAGAUAGUAUUUAUUUGAAGGUGUUGGGAACAGUGUGUGAAAACACAACAACACCGUUUGUGGUGAGGAGCCCCUUCCAAGGAACUAUAAUUAAGGCCAGAAAAAGAGGAGGUUAUGGAAGAGAAAACACUCCUGUAUCUCUGGCCAGUUUUACUUUGACAUAUAAGACAGAUCAGUGUGGAGGCAUUGUCCAUGGACCUCAAGCUAUUAUCACCAGCCCUGGGUAUCCCAACAAGUAUCCACCGAAUUUAGAUUGUGCUUGGGUUGUAGAGUUUCAGCAAGAUACCAAUAUACAUGUGAAAUUUGAGGCUGUGGAUCUUGAUCCUGACUGUAGUAAAGAUUUUCUGCGACUUUACAAUGGAGAAAAUCAAGGAAAUCCACACCUCAUCCCUUCACUGUGUGGUAACACUGUACCUGGAGAACUCAAGACCCAGUCCAACUUCAUGUUCUUGGAAUUCCAUUCUGGUCCUACCAACACGUCACACAAGGGCUUCAGGAUCAUUCUUACUCAGGACUCUACUGGUUGUGGAGGAAUCCUGCAUUCAGCAGAAGGAAUACUACAGAGCCCCAACUAUGGGAAAGGCGACUACCCCAAUAACACAGAGUGUGAGUGGACAGUAAUAUUACCUCCUGGAUAUCAUGCAAGCCUUUCCUUCAUUGAUCGUUUCUUCCUGGAAGUCUCUGAAGACUGUGCAAAUGAUUUUAUUCAGAUAUCAGACUGGCGGAAUGAAAAGUGGGAAAAGGUUGGAAGCAAACUCUGUGGGAGGACCAGUCCUCCCAGCAUUGACACUACUACUAACCGGUUCAAGGUUCUCUUCAAGACAAACCCAUCUGUCACCAGUGAUGGCUUCAAGCUAUCAUGGAGCAAGAAGUGUGGUGGCGUUGUGGAUUUGAGUGUGGUGGAGACUGGUACCAUCAUUUCUCCCAACUACCCAAAACCAUACCAGCCAAAUUUAGUCUGCAACUACACUCUGCUCGCUCCUGGUGAAGUAAUCCAUGGCGUGUUUGAAGACUUUAACAUUGAAGAAGCAUUAGCAGGAGACAACCGCUGCAGGUUCGACAAUGUCUCGCUGACAACAUACAGGCCUGUUUUUAUGGUAAACCCCUUUCGGCCUUCUAUGCGCAACCCAAGAUGGUCACCCAGCAUGCGAGUGCGACCUAUCCAUGGAGUUUACUGUGGAAACCAGCUACCUCAACCAGUCAUCAGUUUCACAAAGAUGGAGAUGGUUUUCAGUACUGAUGAAUAUGUUGCUCCCAAAGGUUUCCUCUUCUCAUAUACUGUUUCCAAAUGUGGAGGUAACAUUACCUCUCCCACAACUAUCUCUGAGCCUAACAGCUCUCACUUCCGCGAAUGUGUCUGGUUUGUAACUGCUCCACCCGAUAAAGUUGUAACAAUCAAGAUGAAAUCAAUGAGAAACAUAUUCAUAACGUGCAACAGUAACAACAUCAAGAUCUACGACGGUCACAAUGUGACCAACGCAUCAAGUUUGAUUGACACAGUGUGUAGAACGAGAGGUCCAGGUGUGAAGACCAGAUUUAGGUCUUCUGGUAAUCUGAUGGCCAUCAAGUUUCAGAGUGAAUCCUUCUCAUUCUUACGCUUCCAGGCUGCCAUCGGUUUUACUUAUGGUGAAAAGCACAACUGUGGUGGUACGAUCCAUUUAGCCAAUGUGAGUCUACCGUACCUGCUACAAGCCCCAGAUGUGGAUGGCGAUGGCCACUAUGAACCUCUGCUCUCCUGUGAUUGGUUGUUCCUGGCUCCUGAUGCUCACCAGAUACGAGCCUCCUUCAAUAAACUGGAUAUCCAGAACUGCUCCAACUGUAACUGUGAUGUUCUAAAGAUAACGGAUGGAGAAGUUGAUACUGAUGACAGUUGGACCACUAUGUUCUGCUCAUCAUCACUCAAUGGAAUCUCUUGGAGGGAGAAAAUCUCUUCUAGAGGCAGUCUUUUGGUCCAUUUCUCUUCUGAUGCAACUGUCGAACUAUCUGGCUUCCAGCUCUCCAUUACUACUUUCCCAUCUCUUUGUGGUCCGAGCACAAGACAUGCUACAAGGCAGUUACAGGUGUUACAGUCACCCGGUAUGGAUGGAACCCUUAUUGACCACAGAGUCCGAUGUGUGUGGAACAUCAUAGUAGGGCCUAUGGGUACGGGAUUGCUGCGGCUGCACUUUACCCAGUUUAACUUGAGUGCACCCUGCCACACCAACUAUUUGGAGAUUACUGAGAAACCAUUGUUUCAGCUUACAUUUGAUCUAUCUCCUCGAAGAUUCUUCCCCUCAUUUGGCACCCAAGUACAUAAGUGGUGUGGAUCACAAAAGGCUAAUUUGACUGUAACCAAUAAGAAUGUGCAACUGGUCUUCGAAGCUACUCGAGCCACGCCACACUUUGGUUUCAAACUGGAAUACAGCAUGAAAGGUUGUAGUGAGAACUAUACAUCGCCUUAUGGACGAAUAAAAGCUAACAAAUUCUAUCAGAAUUUUGAGAAUGACGCCUGUCUCAUCAGAAUCCAAGCUCCAAUCUCUAACACUACCAUCUCUCUCUACUUUGACUCCUUCUUCUGUCCACGAAGUACUUCGGCACCUACCGGAGCAGAAAACAAGAUGAUUGUGUAUGAUGGCAUCAAUGACCAAGCUCAGGAACUAGCGUCGUUCUGUGACGCCUCUUUUCAACCAAAUCCCAUUUUCUCCACUGGCCCGGCACUGUACAUUAAAUUUCUGGUAAUGUUCCGCUCAGGCUAUUUUGACAUGAUCUACACAACUACAGAUAAAGGUCGAGGAUGUGGGGGUCAGUUCCGUGAACCUUAUGGCAAAUUCUCCUCCCCACUCUACCCUUCCCCCUAUAAGGAGGACAAUUCUUGUCGUUGGGACAUCUCUGUACCUCAUGGUAACCAGUUGGUUUUCAAUUUUCUAACGCUAAACUUCGGACAUUCCUUAUGUAAUACCAACUACAUUCAGCUCCUUGACGUAGACCCUACUACUGGACUGGAGUCCCUACAUUCACAGUACUGUGGAUAUGACAGCACAAGUGAAAUUCAGAUGCGAGGAUCCACUGCAGUUGUUCGUUACGUUACUACAACCCACAACAAUGGCACUGGCUGGGUACUAGCAUGGAAAUCUCGCCCUGUCUUGGCUAAUUAGAGUUUAAUAUGUAAAUAUACUGAAAAUAUGUAAAACACUGUAUAGGAUAAUCUUGUGAAUAUAUAUAUAUAUAUAUA